UACAGUGUUGUGUGGACACUCUCUCUCUCUCGCUCUCUCUCUUCUGAACCGCUUUUUCUUUUGGGCUGUUAUACUUUCCUCAACCGCUUAAAAAGCCUCUGAUUGUCUACACUUCCCCCAGACAGGAACCACACCCAGAGCCUCUCCCUCUCCCUCUCUCUCUCUCUCUCUCUCUUUCUAGAGCAGAGUUACCCUUCUCUCUUGUUACCAUUUUUUCCUCGCAAAAGGAUUGAGCUUUACGGGUCCUUUGCUUUUCUCGACCUCAAGAAACCAGUUUUGGAGUUUCGUUGGCUUCUGGGAUUCGAUUCUUCCUCCGGUUUCUGACCUUUGACACGGAGUGAAGAUUGCCUGUUGGUCUCAAAGUCGGAAUUGUUCUGGUUCUUGGAUUUGACAGAAAGGCAAGACACUUUUCCUUUCUUUUUUUAUUCCCCUCGUCGCUUUUGUUUUCAGAGGUGUGUUUCAGGCUGAAUCUGAUUACUGCUUCUUUGGUUGGUGAGAAAGCUGAGAGGAUGUAAACUCGGUGGCUAUGAUUCUACUCUGUUCUGUGAAAUCUUUUCAAAAAAUGAAGUUUCAAUUCAAGCAGAUGUCUUCUUUAUACAUUUGUGAACUGAAAAUUGUGACUCUCAGGUUAAUUUAUAAGUCAAUUAUUGCCGAAAUUUUUGUUUGCAGUGUGCGCGGGUGGCUCUGUUUCAUUGCUGUUUCGUUUGUCGGUAAUCAUGUGAACUCAUACGAUUGUAUUUGCAACCGCAGAAGAUUCUCAGAGAUCCGUUGGCGAGGAAGGAUUUUUGUAUGCUUGAGCUUGUCCGCGAUCGCUUCAUGAUUUCAAUCAUGGAUUCAAGAAAAGAAUCGCUGAAGAGGAACCCACAAAAGUGCUUAGACUCUCAACUCUGGCACGCUUGUGCCGGUGGUAUGGUUCAAAUGCCACCGGUGAACUCGAAGGUCUUUUACUUCCCUCAAGGCCAUGCCGAGCACGCUCAAGGGACCGUCGAUUUCGGGAGCUCCCAAAUCCCCCCUCUCAUUCUUUGCAGGCUCGCCGCCAUAAAGUACAUGGCCGAUCCCGAAAAUGAUGAGGUUUACGCCAAAAUAACCCUUACACCUAUGAGAAGCGACGAGUAUCAUCACCUAGACGAUGACGGCUCUCUAGGAAAUGAGGGAAUGGAGAACUUAGAAAAGGUGGCGUCUUUUGCUAAGACGUUAACGCAGUCGGACGCGAAUAACGGCGGGGGGUUCUCUGUGCCGCGCUAUUGCGCAGAGACGAUAUUCCCUCGCUUGGAUUACUCAGCCGAACCUCCAGUUCAGACCAUAGUGGCCAAGGAUGUGCACGGAGAGAGCUGGAAAUUCCGGCACAUAUACAGAGGGACCCCGCGUCGCCAUCUUUUGACCACGGGGUGGGGGAAUUUCGUGAACCAGAAGAAGCUUGUAGCCGGCGAUUCGAUUGUGUUCCUGAGAGCAGAGAAUGGGGAUCUCUGUGUCGGGAUACGCCGCGCGAAACGGGGGAUCGGCGUAGGUGGGCAGGACUAUGCUUGUGGAUGGAACUCUGCCUCUGGGAAUUUCGGAGGAUACUCGAUGUUCGCACGGGAAGAGGGGAGUAAUUUGAUGCAGAAAAGUUGUGGUGGGGAAUUCAGGAGGAAAGUGACGGGUGAAUCUGUAUUACAGGCAGCGACUCUGGCAGCGAAAGGACAGCCAUUCGAGGUGGUGUAUUAUCCUCGCGCUGGUACUCCAGAGUUUUUCGUGAGGGCGUCCUCUGUUAGCUUGGCAAUGCAGGUCCAGUGGUGCUCAGGAAUGAGGUUCAAGAUGCCGUUUGAGACAGAGGAUGCUUCUCGAAUUAGCUGGUUCAUGGGGACUAUAUCAUCUGUACAGGUCGCUGACCCGAUUCAUUGGCCUAGUUCCCCUUGGCGAAUUUUACAGGUUGCUUGGGAUGAACCAGAUCUACUCCAAAAUGUGAAGAGUGUCAGUCCAUGGCUAGUAGAGUUGGUGUCGAACAUGCCCUCUAUCCAUCUCUCACCUUUCUCCCCCCCAAGAAAGAAGUUAAGGACACCGCCAAACUUUCCCAUACUCGACCAGAUUCCGGUCCCCCCUUUUCCUAACAACCCCCUUGGACCAAACAGCCCUUUAUGUUUUAUCCCGGAUAACAUUCCCGCAGGCAUACAGGGAGCCAGGCAUGCUCAAUUCCUAAGAUCUUCAUCGGACCUCCGUCUUAAUCAACUGCACUCGGGUCUGUUUCCGGUGGGGUCCCACCCCCUCAAUCACACUUCAGUAUCUACCAGAUUUUCAGGUGGCACCUUCUUUGGUGCGCCGGAGGAUAACAAUGGUAGCAUCUCUUGCUUGCUCGGGAUGGGAACUUCGGAAAACUCCUCAAAGGAGAAUUGCGAAAAGAAGUCACCCCACAUAUUACUCUUCGGUCAACUCAUUCUCGUUGAUCAGCAGAACUCUGAGAGUUGCUCUGGGGACACAACUGGAAGAUGUUCGUCAGAGGGGAAUCAGGAGAGGAUGUCGAACUCCUCCGAGGGGUCCCGCAACAACGUGUUGUAUUACAACGGCACGGUGGAGAGCUCUUCUGACGAUGGAUUCACCGGCUUUAAACGAGACCGGGCAUCUGACCUCAACUUGGGGACUGGUCACUGCAAGGUGUUCAUGGAGUCGGAAAACGUGGGGCGAACUCUAGACCUGUCGGUCCUCGGUUCGUAUGAGGAGCUGUAUAGGAAUCUCAGGGACAUGUUUGGGAUAAAUGGCUCGGAGAGGCUCAGUAAAGUCCUCUACUCGGAUGCUGCCGGUGCUAUCAAGAAUGCUGGUGAUGAACCCUUUAGUGACUUCUUGAAGACAGCAAAGAGAUUAACAAUUCCUGCGGGUUACGCUACGAAGAUUUAGCGAGAUAGCUGAUGAUGAGCCAUUAAAUGUACAGAUGAAUUUUGAGAUUAUUAUCUUCAUCUUCUUCUGCAUUUGGAUAUGUGUGAAAUACCCACAUAAUCCAUCUUUUACUUUGGAUAUUAUUAGAAGAGUAAUUAAUGCAGCUUUAUUUAGUAA